AUUAAUGCGAAUCCCCGAAUCCGGCUCAUACUUCCUUACUCCGUCGCCUUAUACGUAGCGAAGCAUACCAUUGCAAGUCCCAAAAUGAAUACUAUUCGAUCUACCUGGAUUGGCUGGGGCUCCCUAUGUGUUGCUGGUGCCGGCGCAUACUACUUUGCCAAACGCUCCAUAAACGCUGAUCGACUCUCUCGUCACGAAGCCGCCCAACGAGCCAAACAGGAGGCCUCCAAAAGAGAGGCCGAGGCCAGAGCCCCUUCGUCAACGAUAUCUAAGCCGCCAUUUGCCGUUCCCCCUACACCCGGUGCUUCAUCAUCAAAUGAAAUCCAGGAGGCGGCCGGUGGUGGUAAAAUAGCAAAGAGCAUAUCCGCAAAUGCAUUCGGUCAGGAUGAUGUAGGUAGUCCCAGCGAGGAGAUGGGCCAUGAUCCGGCGGCGACAAGGCAUGAGCCGGACACCGAAUCACAACGCGUCUCAGAAAAGGGGAAGUACGAAGCUGCCGAGCUGUUUCGGUCGAGAAAAGGGGAUCGAUUCAGCUAAAACGGGUUGCCUGCGGACAACUUCGACGGGCUAUGAUGCCAAUGUCACUCCACCGGCCCUUGCCAAAACCCGCUAGCGCUCCUUAGACCCUGGAAUCUUACUCCGCCAGAGAAAUAGUUUAUUAAUAACUGUUCGCAUACUGUACAUAGAAAAGUCUCGUGCCUUGCACGAUUCGAAAAAUAUCUCCGCUCACGCUUUGCCAUUGGUAAAGGAAUAAGGCAUUAGCCUCCGAUUCCAGAACGCACCAUAGCUGGAAGAAAAGUAUCACCAAAUAUUUGGGUGGAAGUCUGAAUAGAGUUAG